GAGGGUCAUCCGGGCAUGGUAAGGAUGAAGGCUUUGGCCCGCAGCUACGUUUGGUGGCCAGGACUAGAUGCCCAAAUUGCCAGCUGGGUCAACGCAUGCCAGGCCUGCCAGGCGACAAGGGCAGCUCCACCCAUAGCUCCACCCACCAGAUGGGAAGAUGCAGGGGCACCCUGGGCCAGGCUACAUAUUGACCUAGCUGGCCCCAUGCUGGGGAAGACAUUCUUGGUGGUAGUAGACUCGUUUUCCAAAUGGACUGAAGUAGCCAUGCUGUCUUCCACCACAACUCAAGCCAUCACUAGGGUUUUGACCAGACUGUUUGCUACUCAUGGACUGCCAGACACCUUGGUGUCAGAUAACGGGCCUCAAUUCAGCUCUAAUGAAUUUGCCAUCUUCACUGCCAACCUGGGCAUCAGGCACACCCUUACAGCCCCCUUUCACCCCGCCAGUAAUGGGAUGACAGAGAGGGCUGUUAGGUCGGCCAAGGAAGUUUUGGCCAAACUGAGGCAGGCAGACUGGCACUCCAAGCUGUCCACUUACCUACUCACGCAACAUGCCACGCCAUGCCCCACAACCAACAAGUCACCUGCUGAACUUUUGAUGGGCAGGCGACUCCGAACCACCCUGGACAGGUUG